UUGUUAUUUGCUGAUUCUCUUGCCUCAAGCGAUUGUUUACAAGCGGAGAAGCUUUGCCUGGAGGACGAGCCGUGUAAUUCCAGUUACCAUGAUUUGAAGCACUGUUCACAUGUCAGUACAGCCGAACCAGUCAAUAAAACCCGAUGUCUUCAAGCAGAGGUGGCCCUGAAACAGUACCCCUUGGUGGGCUGCAAGUGCAAGCGCCGCAUGAAGAGAGAAGAGCACUGCUUGAACGUGUACUGGGCAGUAAACUCAGUUAAUGUACAAGGUUUCCGAGAUUUAGGUGAUUCUCCUUAUGAUGACAUUGAUGUUGAUAUGACUACCGAAUACCUUGACAUGGAAAAAUUGCUUACCGCUCAGGAAAAGAAGAUUGAAUCUACAAACGACUGUGUGCAUCAAACCAACACGUGUAGUUUUAAUGAAAAAGGCAGCAAACACAAGAACGCUUAUGUACUACAGUGCAGAGCAACAAACUACGGGGAAAUCUGUGAGCGGCGGAAAUGUCACCAGUUGCUGCGUCAGUUUUUCAAAAAAAUUCCAGUGGAGUUUACAAAACGAAUGCUUUUUUGCCAAUGCCACGAUAACAAGUGUGGAGAACGCAGACGCAAAACUAUAGUACCGGAGUGUUCUUUCGAGGAGGCCUCCAAACCAAACUGCCUACAGCUACAUUACUCCUGUAUCAACGACAAUCUGUGCAAAUCACGUUUGGCAGAUUUCCAGAAACAUUGCCACCCAUUUGAUAAAAGGACAACAAGCUGCCCGAGUGAUGAUUUGUGCUUACAAGCUUACAUAAGGAUGAUUGGUACCAUAAUGACCCCAAAUUUUAUCACCAACUCAAGCAUGGCUUUGUCUCUUUGGUGUACUUGUGAAAGCAGUGGGAACCAGAAUGAUGACUGCAAGGCAAUCCACGGAAUGUUCGCGGGCAGCACGUGCCUCAGAAAUUUGAUCAAGUCUGAGUUUGGAGGAAAUAUUGAAUUGGAUACAACGUUGACAAUUUCCAGGAUUGAACAUACAGACGAUACAAAUUUCUCAGCCCUCUCUAGAACUAAUAAGGUUGGUGAAAAGAAUCAGCUGCCAAAUAACUCCGGGAAUCAAGAGAGAGGCAUUGCUAACCAAUCCAGUGGUACCGGGACCAGCGUAUCAUUCUCAGCUUUGGCUUUAACACUCUUCAGUUCCGCAUCGCUUUGGAUCUUAGAUAUGGUUUUCUUCAUUUAAGCCAGAAGUAUAGAGUGCCUACCCUGAAAUGCCACUAUCACACACAAUUCACAGAUUUAUGGUUCCAUCUGGUUAACAGGAAACUGUACAUUUAAUUCAAUAGGCCCACUGCACUGUAUGUACACAUGUAUUCCUAAGACUUGGAGAGACUGACUGCAAGGCCAAAGAGAAGAUACAUGGAUAUUCGGAAAAAUUGGACUAUGAUAUCAUACAUGGUUAGAUGUCGAUAUGGAUUUUUUCCUUAGCUUUCGGAAUAUGAGACUAUAUUUCUGUGCAGUGGGUUUGCAGACUGAACUUAAUAUACGGGAGUUAGGAUGUAGCUAUUGGUGAAUUACAUAAGAGAUAAACAGAUAUAUUUUGGAGAUAAAUGUGUCAUUCCAUUCAAUGGACUAAGGUCAUGGUGAGUUAAUAUGCCAAACAUCAGAAAAUGCUCACUUAUUUCUUCUUAGCCAAACUCGGAUGGCUGUUUGAUGCCAAAUUUGGAGACAGUAGUACAUCUAAUGUCUGCUGUAAAAGCACUGUUGCUAACAAGAUCAUGCUUUAACAUUGUAUCUGUUCAUAGCAACCAGAAAUAUUAUUAUGCUUG